AUGUUGGCUUCUUUCACUUCUAUCGUCGGCCGUCUGGCCCUGAUUCUCGGCCUUUUACUCAACCUUGUCCUCGCUCAGUGCGGUCCUGACAAUGGUGGAGCCCGCUGCCCUUUGAACACUUGUUGUUCCUCAUCGGGAUACUGCGGAACAUCGGAUAUCUACUGCGGAGACGGCUGUCAGUCAGAGUACGGGAGCUGUUCUAUACCUACAGUCCCUUCUUGCUCUACCAGCCGUAAUUCUUGCUUUACCGGCGGUAAGUCGGCGACCAACGGCCGCCGCGUUGGAUACUGGCGGGUGAAGCAGGCAUGGGACCGGUCUUGCAAUGUCGUUCUUCCUUCCCAGAUCCAGACCAAAGGGUUAACCCAUCUGAUCUUGGCGUUUGCCCAUUUCGACUCAAAGAGUUUCGCAGUGGGCGCUGAAGACCCCAAAGACGUCCCCUAUUAUACGCAGUUCACCGCUUUGCAGAGCAGCUCACUGCAAACGUGGAUUAGCAUAGGUGGCGGCAGCUUCUCUAGCAAAUCUUGGUCUUCCAUGGUGGCUUCAUCGACCUCCCGAUCCGCCUUCAUCUCGUCUCUCAAGUCCUUCAUGGAGACCAAUUCCUUCCAAGGUGUCGACCUGGACUGGGAAUUUCCAGCAGCUUCAACCGCCGAUGGAGAUAACUUUGUCUCCCUCGUCCGGGAGCUCCGAGCCGCCUUCGGAAACGCUUAUGGCAUCUCAGUGCCACUGCCAUCGGACUGGGGUAGCCUCCAGGGCUUCAACCCUGCCGGUAUGGGCAAAUAUGUCGACUUCUUCAACUACAUGGCCUACGAUUUGCACGGCUGGGGGGUUGAUGCCGAGCCAACAAAGAAUGUUGUCACCUACCAGGCCAGCAUACUAGAUAUCGCCACCAAUCUUAUGCCGCUGUGGGCGAACCAGACCAAUGCGUCGCAGAUCAACCUUGGAAUCCCCCUAUACGGCCGCGGCUAUACCCUCUCCUCCCCUGAUUGCAAAACCGCUGGAUGUGCUGCGUCGGGGCCCAGCGAACCGGGUUCUUGUCUCGCAGAUCCGACAGGUGUCAUGGUGCUAAGUGAUAUCAAAACGGCCAUAUCGGCCAACGAUGCCACCGUUGAGCUUGACAGAACCGCCAUGCAGAAGUAUGCGACCUGGGGAAGUGAUCAGUGGAUAGCCUAUGACGACGGUGAUACGUUGGCACUGAAGAUGGCAUGGGCCGAUGGAUUGUGCAUGGGCGGCGCUAUGUUCUGGACGCUCGAUAACGAUGGCGGUGGAUGGGAGUAA